GAAAUUUCAUUAAACCCGAUUCCUAAAACCUCAGAACUGUUCGUACUCUGCAGAGAGAAGCAAAAAUUUGAUCUUGCCGGAGAAGAAGACAUUCAUAUAAAUUCGAUAAAUAAAUAUGCAGAAGGGUUUCACUCUCCUGCAGACAAUUGGUAUUUCAGGUGUAUUUUCUGCUGUUUCUGGCUGGUAUGGGUUCAUGUUUGGUAGAGAAUCUGCUCGUAAAGAGCUUGGAGGUUUGAUUGAAGAUCUUCGAAAUUCAAAUUCUGAAUCCGUUUCACCUACCCCUUCUCACUCUCAAGAGUAGCAGGUGUUUAGGAAAAGUAAGAUGAUGUGAGUUUGGAAGACAGUAGAGAAUGAUGCCUCAUUUCUUGUUGAAGCUGAGACAACUGAAGAUACAUAGACAUUGGUAGAAGCUCUUUGAGACCGUGACGACAAUUCAGAUUUCAUGUUUUUCUUGUUCCUCUGCUGGAAAAUUUACUUCCUUGUUCAUGAUAACUAAAUCACCUUUACAAUUGAGACAGAAGUCUGUAUAAUGAUGUUCUUCAUUGAGAAGGUAGUAUAUUUGUGUUGGAUAUUGGAUGUUAAUUCUUGAUUACUGGCUUAGUUUGCUCAUUUCAUGCAGCCAUUCAAAUUCUGUAGUAGAAACUCUAUCUGGGAAGUUAUGUCAGUAGUAGUAUUUUGGUAACUAUUCUAGUUCUAUAAAUCUUUUGGAAUGGGUAAUGGCUUUGUUGCCUUUCACAG